CUUCUGUGUUGUUUUCUGCACACAGGGAGUCAGCAAAGGAUAACAAGGAGAAGAGACCACUCUGGAGGACAUCAAGGACUGUCUGCGGCUUGAAUCCCAGAAGACAAGGCUUGUGAUAAAUUUGACUUUGGAGCCUAUGGUAAGACACUUUCACAGCUGUGUUCUCAUAUUAAUUAGAUGAAGCGACAAUAAGACACAAACAUAUCUGAGAGAGAAAAUAGAGGUAAAAUGAACCUGAGUUGUCAAAUAGAAGAGGUAUAAAAGAGACCCAGAGGGGAGCAGUGGACGCUGUCGACUAGGCUAAGCUAUGAUAAGCCUCUUUAAGCUACUUCACACUGCACAGAUCAAAUGUUCUCUUUUAAACCUGUUGAUCUGUGCUCGACUUCUGACUGCCUCCUAUAGAUUUACUUUAUCUGUUUUUUUGGCUGGAGAGCUGCAGUUUUUUGCCAAGUCAGAUGAUACAUAAGCCCAGGGGACAGAGCACAGUCUGUGCAUCUCUGAAUAAACACUUUGAAUUGCCUUCAUCUGAUACUUAUCUCUGAGAGUACUGACCUCUGACCCUAGUCUAUCCCUACAUCUGUGUUCUAGGAGAUGUCUCAGGACCAGUGCGAAUCUGUGGUGGUGAGCGUGGAGUCCCUCCUGAAUGAUGCCAAAAGGAUGCAGAUGCAGUGCCGGGAACGCAGCGAGCAGCUCUCCUUAGCUGCCACGCAGUUGAGGGUGGAGUCAGCGGCCCUCAGGGAGCAGUGUGAAGCCUCCCAGCUCGACAUGGCCCGGAUCCGCCGACAGUUGGACGAGCUGAUGGAUACCAAAGCUGCAUUUGAAGCCAGGGAGAGGCAGGCACGUAAGCUCAGCAAGCAGCUCUGAGGAGAUGAGGAACAGGGGGGAAGAGGUGGAACUGUCAUGCUGCAGGAAAAGAUGAGAUGGGAAAAAUCUAAGAGAAAGGGCAAAAGAAAUAUCCCUCUACAUCAAGGAAGUGUUUGAUGGAUGUUGUUGAGAAUAAGAAAUUCAGCCUCACUUUUUGCUGAAUAAGAACAUGUCUGAUCUUCGCUGAU